CCUGUCCUCCAUUUUUAUUUUUCAUCCGGUUUUACAACUUUUCUGUCUGCUUCCUUCCUCUUAGAGUCUUAGUGAUCCAGCCCAAGUCCGAGGAAAAGAAAAAGAACUUUCAGAAGAGAGAAAAUAGGAUAGGACCUUCGAUUUCCGGUCACGGGGAUCCAUAAUCCACAUUCAGGCAGAUCCGGAAAAUCUAUUCUGGUUCACUGCGGACUGCGGUAAAAUUCCGUCUUCUCUCCUCUCUUCCUUCAUGCUUCUUGUCUUUCCUCCAGUCCAUUUUGUCAAUUGGCCGAGACCAAAAAUUGUCGCUGUACACUUCUGUACUCUCUCUCCCGCCCUCUGCGCGCCGUACUUGCGGGGAAGCUCCGUUGCGGAAGCGUGCAUUUCAGGUCUCCUUGUCCUUUUGCAUUCCAUCCUUGUUUUACCUUUUCCCGCUAAGAAUUCCUUUCAUGGAGGUUUAUGAGUCGUUGCACCAGUCCUUGUGACCUUGUCUCUCUCUCUCUUGCGGGAACUUUCGGUGGCUUCUGCAUGUUAGGGGCGCUUUAUGUGGAUUCUCUGUCUUGCAGAAUAUGAGUAGCUUGGUUGAGAGGCUUAGAGCCCGAUCUGAGCGGAGGCCAACAUAUCACUUAGACGAGUCAGACGAUGAAGCUGAUUUUGUGGCGAGAAAAGGUGCGAAACCACAUGAAGAAAUCGAGAGGAUAGUUCGACCUGAUAAGAAAGAUGAUAAAUGUCAAGUAUGCAGUGAAAGUGGGGAACUUGUGAAUUGCGAAACCUGCACUUAUGCUUACCAUGCCAAGUGCCUUCUUCCACCUCUUAAAGCUCCUCUUUCCAGCAGUUGGAGAUGUCCUGAAUGUGUUAGUCCUCUAAAUGAUAUUGAGAAGAUAUUGGACAGCGAAAUGCGUCCUACUUCAGCUGACGAUGAUGAUGCUUCUAAGUUGGGGUCAAAGCAAAUCUAUGUUAAGCAGUAUUUGGUUAAAUGGAAGGGGUUGUCGUAUCUUCACUGCACUUGGGUCCCUGAGAAAGAGUUUGUGAAGGCAUUCAAGUCAAAUCCUCGUCUUAGGACUAAAGUAAACAACUUUCAACGACAAACGACGUCAGCCAAUUCUGAGGAUGAAUCUGCUAUCCGGCCAGAGUGGACUACAGUUGAUCGCAUUCUUGCUUGCAGGGGCGAGGAUGAUGAAAAGGAAUAUCUUGUGAAGUAUAAAGAACUUCCUUAUGACGAAUGUUACUGGGAAUUUGAAUCUGAUAUAUCUGCAUUUGAGCCAGAAAUAGAGAAGUUCAAUACAAUUCAGUCAAGGGCAAAUCGGCUGUCUAAGCAAAAGAGUUUUCUUGAUGCUACUGAUGCGAAGAAGAAAUUGAAAGAAUUUCAGCAGUAUGAACAAAGCCCUGAAUUUCUUGCAGGAGGCUCCUUGCAUCCAUAUCAACUUGAAGGUUUAAACUUCCUGCGGUUUUCUUUUUCCAAGCAGACGCAUGUCAUUCUUGCUGACGAGAUGGGUCUAGGGAAAACUAUACAAAGUAUUGCCUUUCUUGCAUCUCUGUUCAAAGAGAAUGUGUACCCUCAUUUGGUGGUUGCUCCACUUUCCACAUUGAGAAACUGGGAACGUGAAUUUGCAACAUGGGCACCUCAAAUGAAUGUCGUUAUGUAUGUUGGUUCUGGUCAAGCUCGUGCUGUUAUUAGGGAAUCUGAAUUUUACUACCCUAAGAAUCACAAGAGGAUCAAGAUAAAGAAAUCUGGUCAACUUGUUAAAGAAAGCAAGCAAGAUAGGAUAAAAUUCGAUGUGCUAUUGACUUCGUAUGAGAUGAUUAACUUGGACACAGCAUCGUUAAGGCCCAUUAGAUGGGAGUGCAUGAUCGUUGAUGAAGGCCAUCGCCUAAAAAACAAGGAUUCAAAACUCUUUCUCUCGUUGAAGCAAUAUUCUAGUAAUCACCGUGUUCUGUUAACAGGAACCCCUCUCCAGAACAAUCUGGAUGAGCUAUUCAUGCUCAUGCACUUCCUUGAUGCUGGAAAGUUUGCAAGUUUGGAGGAGUUCCAAGAAGAGUUCAAGGAUAUAAAUCAGGAGGAGCAGAUUUCUCGACUUCAUAAAAUGUUGGCUCCCCACCUCCUAAGAAGAGUGAAGAAGGAUGUGAUGACUGAAUUACCUCCUAAAAAGGAACUCAUUCUUCGGGUUGAGCUCAGCAGCGUGCAAAAGGAAUAUUACAAGGCAAUUCUAACUCGUAAUUACCAAAUUCUAACUCGGCGUGGUGGUCCACAGAUUUCACUUAUCAAUGUGGUUAUGGAACUGCGGAAGCUCUGCUGUCAUCCUUAUAUGUUGGAAGGAGUCGAACCGGCAAUAGAAGAUCCCAAUGAAUCUUUCAGGCAAUUUCUGGAUUCAUCGGGAAAGUUACAAUUGCUUGACAAAAUGAUGGUGAAGCUAAAAGAGCAAGGGCAUAGAGUUCUGAUUUAUUCUCAAUUUCAGCACAUGCUGGACUUGCUUGAGGAUUACUGUCUCCAUAAGAAAUGGCUAUAUGAACGAAUUGAUGGGAAAGUUGCUGGAGCUGAGAGGCAGAUUCGCAUAGAUCGGUUUAAUGCAAAAAAUUCUUCAAGAUUCUGUUUCCUUCUCUCUACUAGAGCUGGAGGACUGGGAAUAAACCUUGCAACGGCUGAUACAGUUAUUAUAUACGACAGUGAUUGGAAUCCACAUGCUGACCUCCAAGCAAUGGCUAGGGCUCAUCGACUUGGCCAAACCAACAAGGUGAUGAUUUAUAGACUCAUAACACGUGGAAGUAUUGAGGAGCGCAUGAUGCAACUGACUAAGAAGAAAAUGGUUUUGGAGCAUCUUGUUGUUGGGAGGUUGAAGGCUCAAAAUAUUAACCAGGAAGAAUUGGAUGACAUUAUCAGGUAUGGGUCAAAGGAGCUAUUUGCUGACGAGAAUGAUGAAGCAGGAAAAUCUCGUCAAAUUCAUUAUGAUGAUGCUGCUAUCAACCGAUUACUGGACCGUGAACAAAUUGGAGAUGAAGAGGCAACAUUGAAUGAUGAAGAGGAAGACGGAUUUCUGAAGGCAUUCAAGGUCAUUUUCUCAACAUUUGCUGUUGCAAACUUUGAGUAUAUUGAAGAAGCAGAGGAAGAAGUUCCAAAGCCUGCACCAGAUACGAUGAGCAAUUCUGAGAAGUUGAAUUUCUGGGAGGAGCUGUUAAGAGGCAAAGUUGAAGAGCAAAAGGUGGAGGAGUCUAAGACUCUUGGAAAAGGGAAAAGAAGCCGCAAACAGAUCGCGUCCAUUGAAGAUGACGACCUUGCUGGUAUGGAAGAUUUAACAUCUGAUGGGGAGGACGAUAACUAUGAAGCAGAUUUAACAGAUGGAGAAAAUUCAUCGGGGACUCAGGCUGGGAGAAGGCCUUACAGAAAGAGAGCUCGUAGGGACAAUUCUGAACCUAUUCCUUUGAUGGAAGGAGAAGGAAGGUCUUUCAAAGUACUGGGUUUCAAUCAAAACCAGAGGGCUUUGUUUGUCCAAAUAAUAAUGAGAUUUGGAUUUGGGGAUGAAAACUGGAAGCAGUUUGUAACUCGCAUGAAACAGAAGACUUUGGAAGAAAUUCACAAGUAUGGAGACUCUGAUUUACAAUCUUUCUCUAUUGGAGUUGCAUUUAUGAUUUUGAUUAUAGAUGGUGUUCCCAAAGAAGGACUUAGAAUUGCAGACGUGCUGGUUAGAAUUGCAACAUUGAAUAUAGUGAGGGAAAAGGUGAGGCUCGUAUCAGAGAAUCCUAGCAUGCCUCUUUUUGACGGGGAAGUUUAUCCGCGCUUGCCUGGGCUUAAGUGCGGAAAAUUUUGGACUGAAGCACAUGAUAAAGUUCUACUCAAGGCAGUAAUCAAGCAAGGGUAUGGACGAUGGCAAGCUAUCCUUGAUGACAAGGACUUAAAGAUACAAGAAGUUAUCUCCCAAGAGCUGAAUCUUCCCGCUAUAAACCUACCGACCCCUGGACAAAUGGCUGCUCAGGCACAAAAUGGUGCCAGUUCUGAAACUGCUGAAGGUCCAGGUAUCCAGCCAGCCUCAGUAAAUGUUUCCGCGAAUGAUCUUGGUACUAAUAUGCCCCAUGGAACAAGUCAAGGGCAAUCAUACCAAGAAUCAAUACUUUACCAGCUCAGAGAUAUGCAGAGAAGAAUGGUUGAGUUUGUUAAGAAAAGGGUGCUUCUUCUUGAGAAGGCGAUGCACGCUGAGUGCCAGAUACAAUACUUCGCUAACCUUGAUGCGAAGCCGGAGAAGAAAGGGCUUGGUAGUGAAACUAGGGGAGCCAAUGGUACAGCUUCAGGUUCGGUGAAUAUUGAUAUGGUAACAAACAAUCAACACCCUCAAAUGGAAGAAAUAACACCAAAAGAUGCUCUUACUGCUGGAUGUGUCAAUGAUCCAGAUCGGUUGGAAAUGGUUGGCCUUUACAACAAGAUGUGCAAGACUGCUGACAAUGUUGUUGCUCCUGAAGUAGCCGAGACAUCUUCAAGAAGCCGAACAGCUAGUUUUGAAUCGAAGCCUAACCUCCAGCCGCUGGAGACCGUCUGUGAACAGAUGAGUCAUGUUCUCUCAAACCCAGAGCAGAAGAAUGCAACGGCUUCAGAACAACCAGUGCCAGACGUAGAGCCAAAACUACCAAAGCUGCCUCCAGCUGGUUUCGGCAGGAAGGAGGUUGAUUUGCAGAAUCAAAUCAGCUCACUGUUUGGGCCUACGCCAGAGUCGGCCGAUGUGGAAAUGGGAGAACAAUGGAAGAGCGAUGCUAACCCGGGAAUAGAGAGCAGCAGCAAAGCAAAUGAUGCUACCACAGCUGCUGAGAAUCAAACAUCUGGUACUGGAUUCGUCGCGUUAGAUGAUUGAGAAACAUGAACUCCAGGACAGGCUCAUUGUGUUAUUUUCUUUUAAGUCAUAGGUGUGAUUUUAAGAAGCAGCUGGUAGGAAUUUACAAUGGAAACUUGGGGUAGGGGGUAACUGAUGUAAAACAAUGAUCAAUUAAUUUUUAACAGAUCAGUGACCUAAAUUUGAUAGACGAAUGGAGCUCCUUCUUAGUAACUCUAGUUGUUGAAAGUGGAAAAAAAAUGGGUC